AUGAUUCAUGACGAAAACCAAUAUUUAUUAGUGCAUCAACAAUUACUUACUCAACCUACCACAAAUGAACAUGCACGAGCAUCAAGAAUUGUCAGUCAAAUGGACCAUAAUCAUCCAACAUCAUCCACGGAUCCAUUAAUACAAUUGACAAUACUACAAACACAGAAGAGGAAAAAUUUAUCAUCGCCUUUAAUUAUUCAUUAUACUCAUGAACAGCGUUUCGCAUAUUAUAAAGUAAAAAUACAUCAAAUAUGGAACAACUUAUUUCUACAUACACACCAGUGUUGGACCACAAAUUAA